GAUGAGAAUAUAUGGUUGAAACCACCUGGUAUGUCUGAACCCUCUGUGACUCUUUUGCUCCUUAUCUAUCAGUACAUAUACAUUUACACAUAUGUUUCAGAUGUUUCUUGUUUGGUCGGAAACUCUGUUGAUAGUGUCAGGCUCUGUAGCAAGCAUAGGAGCUGAGGUCCUCUCUUUAGUUUGAUUGAUUUAUCGAAUUCCAUUCAUCAAUGGACCUUCACAUGGCCUCAAAACUUAUUUACACAGCAACAUAUGAAGCGGAAAACCCAAUUGAAGUCUCGUUAAGAGAAGCUUUUCACCUUCUUGAACCCCAACUAAGACCCCCAUUUUCUUUAAAAGUCCCAACUCAACCAGAGUACUUAAACCUCAACCGGGCAAUUCUUUUUGGCAUUUUAUGUGAGUUGCAUUUCGCAAAAGUUCAUAUUAAGCACUUACAUGGCAUUGUUACUGAUGGGUAUACUUUUUUCACGAGUCUGCUUACCAAGGUUGUUAAUGAAUUGUACUCAAAACUAGUUGAUUCAGCCAAAAUUCAGUUGAUUUGGAUUACUAAAGAGCUGAUACAUGUUGCGGCGGUAGGAUUUGAUGCUUUGUUAGUGGCCCUUUUGAGGCAGAUUGUAGGUGGGGAUUUUAGUGAAGGGAAUUUGUGGUUGUGUCAAGAGUUGGUUAGUCUUUUCCUAUUCGAAUGGGAUUGCUUAUUAGAAGAAGAGCCAUUGGUUUUAGCUAGUGCUUUAUAUUUAUUUCUUCGAUUAUUGGCUGAUCAUUAUCGGAUAUCAGGUAACUCUAAAAUAGAAGCAUUGAAGCUAAUGGAGAUUAAUUUAUGUGUUCGAGUUUUCAGGGAGCAGUUCCAUUUGUGUUUGAAGAUUGGGAGGGAUCUUAUUAGGCUUUUACAAGACUUGGUUCAUAUACCUGAGUUUCGAGUAAUAUGGAAGGACUUGGUGUUAAAGCCCACGGAGUUUAGGACAAAUGGGUUUGUUGAUAUUUUGCAGCUUUAUCAGAAAAGGACCUCGAGUCGGUAUCUUUUACUUCGAAUAACUCCUGAAAUGGAAAAGCAAUUGCGGUUUUUGCUUACGCAUGUGAAGUUAGGAAGCCAAAAGCGGUACCAGGUUUGGUUUAUGAGGAAGAUUUUUUGUGUGCCCGAGAGAGAGACCCUUGUCAUCGACAUUGUUCGUUUUUUAUGUUGUGCACACCACCCACCUAAUGAGAUUAUCCAAUCGGAUGUCAUUCAGAGAUGGGCUGUCAUAGGUUGGUUAUUGAAAUCCUGUAAGAAGAAUUAUGUCCAAGCUAAUGUGAAGCUGGCUUUGUUUUAUGAUUGGCUUUUCUUUGAUGAAAGAGUGGAUAAUAUUAUGAACAUUGAGCCUGCAAUUCUAUUGAUGGCAAACUCUAUACCUAGAUACCUUGACAUGACUCACACUCUUCUUGAUUUUUUGUUCCUUCUAAUGGACAACUAUGAUGUUGAGAGGAAGGGCUUAGUCAUUCAAUGUGUAUCAUCAGCUUUUGGAGUACUAAUUAGAAAAGGUGUGAUUCACUCACUUGAUGUUUUGACUCACUGUGACAUGCUUUCUCCUUGCCUCAAAGAGAGCCUCGGGAAAUUGUUGCCAGAUCUACAAUUGAGUGUUUCCAAAGUGUUGCAGCCAACCCACCUCCUGUGUCAUACUGUGCAACCCUUGGAUUUGGGAUCUCCGACGGGUGGGGAAUCUCAAACUCCAUUAUAGGGCCAACACCAUUCAUCUGGAGAGGGCAGAGAUUUACAGCUUCGUGCUCGGGACAAGCAAUUGCUUUGACAAACAAGAUAACAACAACUUGUUCGACAGAAAAUACUGGUGCUCCAAAUUCGAUUGCAGUAACUGCAAGUGCAAAGCUAAGCCAAAUGACGAACAUUCUAUAGCUUUACCUUUCCCUUUUUCUUUUUUUGCAAUUUUACUGAUAGAACUUUGUGGAUUUAAUUAGAUAUGCAUACUUGACUACUUAUUUUUUGAUAGCACUUGAAUGAGAAACAAUUGAAAAAGGACAAAAGUGAAGGUGGAGAGUGGACACUCACUUUCUUCCAUCAUUUCUUUUUCUUUGUUGAUACAUAAAAUGAGAUUUGUGUGUGCUUGC